AGAAGCAGCUGGUUCUCAUCCAGAUCCUCCAGAGAGACCAGGAGGAGAAGCAGGACGCUGACUGGACGAUGGAGGGAAGACGUGUUCUGCAGCUGCUCUGUCUGACCUUCACUCUCAUCUCCACCACUCUGCCAUCUCCUCCAGGACUGACUGUGAGUCCCAGCAGGUCUCAGUUCCUUAAGAGAGACUCAGUGUCUCUGAGCUGUGAGGAGGACGGAUGGACAGUUUGGAGGAAGAAUAGCAGGAGACAGAGGAGUUCAUGUAAAGACGGGUGGGGAAAACCUGCUGGUUCCUCCUGUAACAUCACAGGAAUUUACCCCCUGGACAGUGGAGUUUACUGGUGUGAGUCCAGAGAGGGAGCAGCUGGAAGCAGCAUCAACAUCACUGUAGCUGAUACAGUGGUCCUCCAGAGUCCAGUCCUCCCUGUGAUGGAGGGACAGGACGUCACUCUGGGUUGUAGAACCAGCGCUCCCUCCACCCUCUCAGCUGAGUUCUUUAAAGACGGCGUCUCCAUCGGGACCGAGUCCACAGGUCACAUGACCCUCCGCCAUGUGUCCCGCUCUGCUGAAGGCCUCUACAGGUGUAGCUUCAGAGGUGUUGGAGAGUCUCCACCCAGCUGGAUCUCUGUCUCAGGGAACCACAAGACAGAUCCUCCUCCUGGUUCCUCCUCUGAUCCUCCUCCUGGUUCCUCCUCUGAUCCUCCUCCUGGUUCCUCCUCUGAUCCUCCUCCUGGUUCCUCCUCUGAUCCUCCUCCUGGUUCUCCUCGUCCUGGUUCUCCUGGCGCUGAGUUCAGAGUUUUCUGCCACCUGGUGGUUUUCUGUCCGUACUUCAUCUCCACUCUGCUCAUGGUGUCGAUAUAUCGAGGCAGAGCCAAAGGAGACAGUGUGCCCGUCUCCAUGGUGACCGCUGGUGAGGUUCAGGCCUCUCAGGGAUUGGACGAAGACUACGAUGACGUCAUGGCGGCGGUCAGCACGGAGCAUCACUUCUGAAGUCAACCAAACUCCUUUAAACUUUAUUCAUGUGAAGCUUUAAACACAGCAACAGUGGAGGAAAUUGAAACAAGAAAAGGAAUCAAGACAUGAUCCAAAAAAAUAAUCUGAAGGUCUUCACUG